AUGAGAGCAGCCGCUGCGGCCUCCUUCCAUCUGGCACCCGCCACGAACCGGGCCCAUCGCCGCGGCUCCAUCGCCGACUCCUGUUCCCUGAGACCUGCGCCGACUGCUCGGCCGCCUCGCCUCCGUUCGCUCGCCCGCGCCUCUCUCGGGAUAUCUCAUGAUAAAGGGUCUGACAUUUCUGACCCCAAUGUUGUUGGCCAGAAUGAUUUACUGAUUGUGGGCCCUGGUGUUCUUGGACGAAUCGUAGCUGAGAAGUGGCAAAAGACUGCAAGCAAAAAUCAUCACAGUGAGUUAACAGAUCUUGGCAUCAUCCCCUCAUUGAAAGGCACCACUAUUCAUCAGAAGGUUUCACAUGUUAUUUUCUGCGCUCCUCCGUCCAGUUCAGAUGAUUACCCUGGGGAUGUCAGAUUGGCAGCAUCAAAUUGGAGUGGUGAAGGAUCUUUCCUGUUUACAUCAAGUACAGCUCUGUAUGACUGCAGUGACAACAGCUUGUGCAACGAGGAUUGUCCGUCAGUGCCAAUUGGCAGGAGCCCUCGUACUGAUGUGCUUCUAAAAGUGGAAAAUGUUGUUCUUGAGGCAGGAGGCUGUAUAGACAGAGGUGCUCAUGUUUUCUGGUUGAGGAAAGGAACUUUAGACACACGACCUGACCAUAUCAUCAACCAGAUUCAUUAUGAGGAUGCUGCUUCCCUUGCAAUAGCAAUCAUGAAAAAGAGACUGCGGAGUCGAAUAUUUUUGGGCUGUGACAACAAGCCCCUUUCCAGGCAAGAAAUAAUGGAUGCUGUUAACAAAAGUGGAAAAUUUGACACGAAGUUUGAAGGCUUUACUGGUACUGACGGUCCAUUGGGGAAGAGAAUGGAGAAUUCGAAAACUCGGGCUGAGAUCGGUUGGGAACCAAAGUAUCCAAGCUUCACCGAAUUCCUUGGUAUCAGCAGUUAA